AUGGCAUCAAAAAGAAUUGAUCUUGAUGUUAUUAAAGACAUUGAUCUCUACAGAAUAGAGCCAUGGGACCUUCAAGAUUUAUGCAAGCUAGGAACUGAGGAACAAAACGAAUGGUAUUUCUUUAGCCACAAGGAUAAAAAGUACCCAACAGGAACUCGCACAAAUAGAGCUACAAAAGUCGGGUUUUGGAAAGCCACUGGAAGGGAUAAGGCCAUAUACUCUAAAAAUAAUCUAGUUGGCAUGAGAAAGACCUUGGUGUUUUACAAAGGUCGUGCCCCAAAUGGACAGAAAUCUGACUGGAUCAUGCACGAGUAUAGACUUGAAACAAAUGAAAAUGGAACAACUCAGGAAGAAGGAUGGGUUGUAUGUAGGGUAUUCAAGAAACGAAUAACAAGUGUACGUAGGAUGGAUGAACAUGAUUCAUUAGGUUGGUUUGAUGAUCAAGUCUCGUUCAUGCCAAAUUUUGAAUCGCCAAAAAGGAUUAGCCACCCUUACACUUCAAAUAGUACUUCAUACAAUCAUCACCAGUUUCCGGCAAAAUCUGAACUUGAUCAAUUGCAUUACAACUUGCCUCAAGAUCACUCUUUUCUCCAGCUUCCUCAAUUAGAAUCUCCAAAAAUUCAACACUCUGCAGUUUCUACCUCUUUUCAUCCAUCAACUCAACAGUUAAACAUCAACUUGCUUUAUGGUAACAAUAUUGGUGAACAAGAUCUUCAAUUAACCGACUGGCGAGUACUUGAUAAGUUUGUUGCUUCUCAGCUUAGUAAUGAACAAGAUCCUUCAAAUAUUCCUCCUCCAUCAUCUCUUCAAAUGACUCAACAUAUGAACAUGCUUUUAAGUGAUUCAAAGAGUGACGAAAUGGCUUCCGAAUGUGCUUCCAUAUCCACCUCCACUUGCCAGGUUGAUCUCUGGAAAUAA